AUGAAGAUUUUGACACACAGAGAAGGCAGACAGGGUGUGUGGGAAUAUCGGGUCGAGAGAAAGGACGGCACCAAACUGUCGGUUACUGAAGGAGGUGUCGAGGAGAGGGAUAAGAAAGCACUGAGCGAGUACAAGAAUCAGCACAAAGAAUUGCAGGACGUCAAAGACUUAUAUCUCAAACGAGCAUCUGCCGCCAUCUUGAACGCACACAAAAUCCUCACGAGCCUGAGGGAUGAAGCAAAACCGAGAUCCCGCAUGAAUAUCGAAGCUGGAGACUACCUCGUGGCCAUAAACAGCUGCACUGUUGGACAACCAGUGACAGCCGCCUACUACACACAUAUAAAUAAUAGGAAGUGGAACAAACCGACUGAUAAUUUUGUCUUCUGCAGCUCGCGCGAUGCCGAGGAGAUCCUGAAGCGAGGCCCGCCUCUCCUCCCCAAUGUUAUCCCUAUUGAUUGGAAUAAUGACGCGAAGCAUUCUCUCAACAUUUCAGAAUUCCUUGAGCAACUCACUAUAGGGCCAAUGCUGGAGUUCCACGGCUUUGAAAGAGAAUUACCUCAACAAGGCUAUGUCACACCGGUUAAGCUCGAUUCCAAACUCGCUAUCGAUAAAUUCAAGGACGAUGCAAGAGGGCCCUUGAACUUUCUGAACCUCCGUGGUCGGAAACCGAAUCAGGUCCCCUCGUGUCUUGCUCGGCUUCCAGAGUACCAUAUUAUAGGACUCGGCACAGAGAACGGAAAAGAAGGCAAACCAGGCGGCGACCUCACUCGGUCUAUCCGUUUCCACCUACUAGCAAGCAAAGGGGCUAUUCAUAGUGCGCACAUAAACCGCCACGGGAUGAUCACAACCAUAUUCAACGAGGAAGGAGACAAGCUCUGGCCGUUAUGGGUAAGGGCCAAUGUCCGUGACUGGGCUGAGUCUCGUGCUCUCCCGACGGGACCGCUAGUCGGGCUAUUACUAGCAAAAGGGUACACUUUGAUCCAGCCAGGCGGCACGAUUCACAUGCCCUGCACGAUAGGAGAGAGGGUGCUGCUUAGUGGCACCAUGCAUUGGCAUCCCCGACAGGUGCUCCAAAUUCUCCAGCAAACGCAAGUCGAGAUUGAAUGUCCGCAUGUCACCAACGAGCCGGUCUCAGGGCAGUUCUUGGGGGAAAUCAGCCUCAUACUGCGACUGUGGAAAGCAAAUACCCCCCUAUUCGACUGGGGUUCACAAGAAGACCUAGAGGAAUGCGAGAGCAUAUUAAAGCGUCUGCAAGGCAUGCUUUGUACUAUUAAAAAGCGCAAGAGAGGGAAAGCAAAAGCUGGCGAGGAUAUCGAUUCUCCUCUUACUCUUUUUGUUAUACCCACCGCCAUCGUGCAUCUCCGCAAUGCCGAUUUCGUUACCCGCAGCUGCCGUCUUGCCGGCGGGGAACUUGUACAGCUUGCGCAGGCAUUCGAUGGUGAUCAGCUGCCCAUACGGCAGCGAGCCCAAAGUUUCUCCAUGGGGCAUCUACAACUAUGCUAG